GUAUACACCAUAAGCUCUUAUCUGUUGAGUUAGGCUACACUAUUUCUUUUCUUAUGCUUCAAAAACUUAGCUGUUUACUUGCAGUCAUCCCUAGUUGCUCUACUGCCAUGUUGUAUUAGUUAUCAUUUUCAUCAAUUUAAUUAAAUGUUUUUCUUCAAUUUUGAGAUACUUCCACAUUUUGAAAAUCUUGAGAAAUGAGAUCCAAACAAAAAGAGUUAAUUAUAUCAAUAAAUAUCAAGUUAACAGAGUUUUAGUUGGUAUUUUUUUCUCAUAAUCGAUGUUUGCUAUGGAAGAAGGGUAGAGAGGGUACCAAAAUGAGCAUUUACUUUAUACUUUUAAAAUUUGUAAUUAAAUUAAAUGCUAACUGUUAAUAACUUAAGAUAUUUAAUUAUUUUAAAUUUUGAGAGAUAUUUAGGUAUUUUUUUCUGGAAUAAUUGGAUGAAUACACGUUGCAAACAGUUAUUUAUCCAUGAAUUUGCUUUGAAAUCUAUGUCGAUUGUUGACCGUCGGAUCCAUGUGGUUGCUCUUUCCAUCAAAGUCGGUUGUCAUCAAAAUGACGUGCCGAAAUUAUAGGAACGUGCGCAGAAAUAUAACCAUGCGGUGGCAGCACAAGUGACCAUCGACUUUGGGCUGCUACGUAAGGAAACAGAGCAAACGAUGGAAGCGGCGGUGGCGGCCGCCUUCGACGCCCACUCCGAAGUCGCCGACGCCCUCACUGGCUUCCUCUCCGAGUCCUCCCACUUCCUCCUCGACGACUUCCUCCACGCUUCGGAGUCCUCCGCCGCUGGCAUCCACCCGUCCUUCUCUGCCCCCUCCUCCCUCUUCGCCCCGCUACCACUUCACGAACCCAGCGGCAGCGGCCUCCUCCAGCAUUGGCCGAAGCGCCACCGAAGUUGCGACGACCUGCGCCACCACCAACUCCCGACGCCGGCGAGGGAGGAGCGGACGGAGCUGUCGGCGCAGAGCCGGGCGGCACGGGCGAGGAGGAAGAGAAUCGCGGAGAAGACGCAGGAGUUGGGCCGGCUGAUCCCCGGCGGGAACAGGAUGACGACGGCGGAGAUGCUGCAGGCCGCCGGCGGCUACGUCAAGUUCAUGCAGGCCCAAGUCGGCCUUCUUGGGCUAUUAUUCACCGGCCCAAUUAAGAAUUGGGCUGCUCCACCGGAGACAGAGAGAAAGGCCCAAGCUCUGGUAUCAUCGCCACGUGUCCAAGAAAAAUUGGCUGCGGAAGGGCGGUGCGUGGUGGCGAAGGAGUUGGUGAUGGUCAUGGCCGAGGACAAGGAGAUCAAGUCCAACUUGACCAUAGCUCGCGAUCUUAAUCGGUUCAUCGAGUCGAUCAAUAUCGGACUACGUUAGGGUUUUUGUUUUUCCUUGAAAAAAGAAUUGUCAAUUUAAUUCUGAAAAUUAUAUUCCAUGUAUUUGUUUUUGUGUUAAUUUUAUUAAUAUUAAUGUU